AUGUCAAACCAGGGUGAAAAUCGGUCGCGGGGUUCGCAAUCGGGUCAGGAUGUGUCUCAACCGGGAAAUGCAAGCAACACUUCCGACGAUACGUACAUGCCAUCAGAGGAAGAAGGGUCUUGGUAUGAGUUCAUGCACGGAUACAUGCCGGAGUCAGCCAGUGACUCGGACAGUACGAACUAUUGGCGCUAUGGACCUUGGGAAGUGCCAAUGCAACCGUACUAUUCAUCUUCAGAAAGCACCGAGCGCCGAAUGAUCACGAUCAUCACAACACAACACCACGACAGUCACCAAAUGGAGUCGCAAAUGGUCACCCACAACCUAAUCAACGGAGGAACAACAAACUAUUGGAGCAAACAACUCUCAAGGAAACCAAUCACCAGAACAGCCUAG